GAUAACUCAAGUGAUAACUCAACAUCGAACAAAAUUCAAUGUGUUAGAACUUGAUUUAUCAUUUUUUGGUUUUUUGACUAGUGUCUUACGUUACUUUUUUAUGUUUGUUCACAGUUUUAUGAAUAUGCACAUGCUGUCUUACGUUUAACUUUGAUCAGUUCAUAAAUAAUAUUUUUAAAAUAUAUAACUAUUUAUUUAUCACUCAAAAAUGUUUAUAAACAACUAUUUUAAAUUUAAUUACUUAUUUUAAUUUUUAAUUAUAUUUGGUAGCUAAAAUUUAUAUAUAUAUAUAUAUUUAUAUAAUUAUAUGUAAAAAUAAAGGUAUUUUUGUUAGAAUAUAUACAAAGUAUAAUUUUUUAAUUUAUUUUAUAGAUAUUUUAUUAAAUUUAAAAUAAAUUAUUAUUUAUAUUCAUAUUAGAAAAUAUAAUAAUACAUAUUACAAUUUAUACAUCAAAAAUGUUACCAAUCAAUAAUCUUUAACUCAUAUUUUUACAGCGAACUCACUACAUAAAUCUACAGUUUUUCUACCACGUAAAUUUUACAUCAACUUAUAAAUUCAACUCUAAUUCAACGUGUCGCCAAUCGGAGCCGUUAAAUCAUAUCAAUGCAUCUGACAGCUUAAUACAUUGGGCAGAUGGGGCCUAAAAUGGAAUAGAAUUAGGCCUGUUUAUUGCUAGCAACGGGAUUACUAAUGCUACAUAUUUUUGGGGUGCAAAUGUUAAAAUAUUAUUACUACUACCUACUGGCUUGUGGUAUUGUGGUACAAUGAGAACAGCUUUCUCUAAACUUAUAACUGUGAAUGAUCAUGGGGUAUAUUAUUUACAAAUAUGAACGUAUUUGUAUGUAUAUAUGCCAUCAUUUCUUUUAAAUAAAAAGAUUAUUUUUAAUGUUAACUAAUUAAUCCUUCUUCUUAGAACACAAUUCUGUUUGGUGUUGAUAUUGUUUCAUGUAAACCAAAUCCAGUGUAUAUAUUUCAUUUGAUGAAUAAUCUUACAACGCUAGACCACAACAAAAAUAAAUAAAGAACUAAUAACAUGAGAUACUUUGGUUGACAUCAAGAGUUUUUUAACAUUGAAACAAUGUUCAAGUAGUGGGCUGCACCUCUUCUAUUACAAAGACAUGCUUGUCUCUUAUCUACCAUACUUAAUUUAUUUAUUUAUCUUCAUAUUUAAUUAAUUUAAUUGGUUUGCUACUCUAUGAUUAUAUUUUUUUUAAAGAGUCAGAUUUUUUCUUUAAAGUAUGUAGAUAUAAUUCAAAAAGCCUAGGACCAUAUCAAUAUGUAGAUUGAUAGAAUCAGAACCAAAAGAGUUGUCAACAUGUUAUGAUUAUGAAGUAGUUCAAAUGAGCCUCUCCAUUAUCUACAACCUCCCUUACCCCUCCUCAAACACUCUUCUCCAAUAAGGUAUUCAAUUGCCGUGUGCAACAGAGUGCUUUAAAACUCAUCUAUCCAUGGCUGAGACCAAAUCUGAAAUAGAUAUGUCGGAGGAGGAGAGGAAGAUCGUAAAGAUGUGUUCACUGAAGAAGAAAGCCAUAAGCGCAUCAAACAGAUUCAAGAACUCAUUCAAGAAAAAGGGUCGAAGAAGCACCAGCAGAGUUAUGUCCGUACCGAUUGAGGACGACAUCGAUGCAGAAGAUCUUCAAGCUCUUGAUGCUUUUCGUCAAGCUCUUGUCCUGGACGAGCUCUUGCCUUCCAAACUAGAUGAUCUCCAUAUGAUGCUUCGAUUCCUGAGAGCAAGAAAGUUUGACAUUGAGAAAGCUAAGCAAAUGUGGGCUGACAUGAUUCAAUGGAGAAAAGAUUUUGGCGCUGACACAAUCAUUGAGGAUUUUGAGUUCGACGAGAUCGAUGAUGUCAUGAAGCAUUACCCUCAAGGCUAUCAUGGAGUCGACAAAGAAGGCAGGCCGGUUUACAUUGAGAGGUUAGGUCAAAUCGAUGCUAACAAGCUGCUUCAAGUAACAACGAUGGACCGUUACGUGAAAUAUCAUGUUAAAGAGUUCGAGAAGACUUUCAAGAUAAAGUUCCCUGCUUGUUCUGUCGCUGCCAAUAAGCACAUUGAUCAGAGCACUACGAUCCUUGACGUCCAAGGCGUGGGUCUUAAGAACUUCAGCAAGUCCGCGAGAGAGCUUCUUCAAAGGCUUUGCAAGAUUGACAAUGAAAAUUAUCCUGAGACGUUGAACCGAAUGUUUAUUAUCAAUGCGGGUUCCGGGUUCCGGCUAUUGUGGAGCACAGUUAAGUCGUUUCUUGAUCCCAAGACUACGGCAAAGAUUCAUGUUCUUGGGAACAAAUAUCAUAGCAAACUGCUUGAAGUCAUCGAUGCUAGUGAGUUGCCAGAGUUCUUUGGAGGCGCUUGCACUUGUGAAGACAAAGGAGGUUGCAUGCGCUCGGACAAAGGUCCAUGGAAUGAUCCUGAAGUUCUCAAGAUGGCUAUAAACAAGGAAGCAAAAUGCUCACCAAUUUCAGAAGAUGAACACAAGCAUGUUGACCAAGGAAGAUCAACUUCAGUUCCGGAAAGUCUUGAGAGAAACAAUAAGAAAAGGGAUGAAGACAAUGCACAUGAGAAGCAAAUUGCAACCAUUGACAAGUCUAUGGAUACGGCAUGGCCUGUAAAGACUCAGAAAUCCGAAAGCUUUAAAGUCUCUAAAGGGCUAGAGGGUUACGUGAGGAAGGGGGCACCAAAGAAAAGGGAUGGGUUACUUGUGGGAGGGGUCAUGGCCUUUGUGAUGGGAAUUGUUGCAAUGGUUAGACUAUCAAAAGACGUUCCACGCAAACUCACUGAGGCUGCUUUAUAUGGAAACUCAGUUUGUUAUGAGGAAUCUAUGUCUAAGCAAAACAAAGCUCAAUUUGCAGCCCCAGUCUCAAGCUCUGAGUAUAUGUUGAUGGUGAAACGCAUGGCUGAGCUGGAAGACAAGUGCAUGUUCCUUGAUUUGAAACCGGCUAAUGUCGAUUCUGAAAAAGAGGAGAAACUUCAGGCUGCGCUUAACCGUGUUCAAGUGCUUGAGCAAGAAUUGACUGAGACCAAGAAGGCUUUGGAGGAGGCCCUUGUGAGCCAGAAGGAGAUUUUGGCAUACAUUGAGAAAAAGAAAAAGAAGAAGAAGCUGUUUUUCGGCUUCUGAAUGUGCAAAACGAAAGGGGAUGAGAUCAUGAAACAAGAAGCUGAAUCAGAGAGAGUUUGUGAUUUUGUUUUUCAGUUGAGGAAUAUAUUCAUGUAAAGCAUCUGACUUGUACAAUUAUUUGAAGUGGAAUACUAUUUGUGCUUUUUGCUUGUCACAUUGUUUGUGUGUGUGUUUUUCAGUUUCUCUAUUAAGUAUUUGUUGUUUUAUCAACGAGUUACAUGAUAACCUACGUUUGAUUGUAUAUGUAUUAUUAACCGUUUGUAUUAACAUCUGUGAAUUGAAAUGAUGGAGCUUUGGAUUGUUACCUGAUUUUUUUUAAUAUAAAAUUAUUUCAAAUAAAAACGUUUGUACAAUGAAUGAGACUUUGUUUGGAAUGCUCUUAAGUAAGGCCUAAUCUUCUUCAUACAUAUAUAUAUAUAUAUAUGAAAAGCUUGAAACUUAUCUUGAAGCAAACCAUAUCGCCAUGGUAUCCGUAUAACGAUACUUCCCAUGGCCUGAAUUGAUGUGAUUUUGUUUCUGACUUGUUUGCCAAUGUCCUUGCUUAGCCGUGAUGAUGCUCACCAUGCCUUUAUUCUGAAGGGCACUCACCAUGCCCACCUGAUUAUUUACAAAAGAAAAUAAUGUAGGGUUUGCUGUUUACUCAUGUGAUUUCGGAAGAUAGAACACAAAUUUGAUUUUUGUUUUCCUUUCUUGCAUUUUUUUUUUUGAAAAAUCCUUUUUUGCAUUUGCCUUCAUUACUUCCUUUGGUCCUCCCUCUUUCAUUGUCUCUUUUGGUAGUCUCCACUCAAAGAUUGUAUGUACCUUCCAUGAUAAUUACUGAUCAUAUUUUCUUCCAACAAUAUACUUUUUAUUACAUCAAAGAAAGCACCAUGACCCGUCGAUAUAAAUAUAUGAAAUUAGAUAUCUGAAAUCUAAGUUUGUUAAUUUGUUGCCAAGCGAACUUGAUUUUUAGUGAAAAGACUAAAAGGAGAUAGACGACUACACGUGUAGAUUAGAUUAGAUUAGCUUUGCAGCUAUCUCCAGGUUUUAUACAUGAAUUAUUGGGGAUUCUGGUUGUUAGAGAUAACGAAAUUCACAAAGGAGUUAGAGAACACACACACACAAAGGAUCACAUGAAUGCUUCAGAACAUUUGUUACCUUCAAAAGCCAAAAGAUCUUCUACUAUGGUCAGUAACCAAUGUGAAAAAUAAUAAUUGUACUUUGAGACCAAAAUAUUCAUUCAAGUGAACCGUGAACGUCAACCAGGGCUUCUACCUCUAGUGGUAAAGGGCUUACAGCUGUGAGUACUGCCACCAAGGUUCGAAUCCCGGCCACUGGGGAAUUAACAUUUUGGCAUCGCCAGGGACAGAGAACCGAUACGUGGCAACACGUGACUAGUCUGGAUCAGUUCUGUGGGGCCAGGAUACCUCUGUAUAAUUCAAAAAAA